AUGGGCUCAAAGAAAGAGGAAAGGGGCUGGGGCCUACGCUGUUCCGAUUUUGCCCGCCCGUGCUGCCCCGAGCCACCGAGGCGAAGCCGCUGGUCGACCCUGGCCAUGGGCAUGCUAUCCGCUGCAGUUGUGUGGUUGUGGGGCUGGAUCUGGAAGGAUGGAUCAUCAGCCAGUCGAGAGACGCAUCUGAUCAUUGCCAUGGUUCUUUGCUGGAGCACAGCUUCCCACCUGGCGUGGUCUGGGCCCCUCGAAGGUGCGAUGGCUGAGGCAGGCCUCCCUAGCCGUGUGCUGCACGGCGAUGCAUUGCAGGACCUACUGCCAUUGGAGCCACUAUGGGACGUCCUUGCGCCAGCGCUGGCCCUCAGUGUCGGAUCCCAGCUGGGCGUCUUCGGCGUGCAGCUGACUCUUGGCCUCACUUUCGCCCAGCCGCUAUUGCUGCUGCUAUUCCCAGGGUUUUUGGCGCUUCUGGAGGAAUGCAACGAGCGGCUACUGGCCUGGCAUCUCGGUGGCCUUUUUGGCCAGCCCAUGCUUGUGGCGCAGGUUGCUGUGGCAAGGGCAGAGAGGCAUGCAGGCCGUGGCUGUGUCAAAGCUUUCGGACUGCUCGUCGGUGCUUACUCCUUGGGCGCGGUCGCUGGCGCUGGUCUCCGGCGCCUUGCACACAGGCUACCACCGUUUCUUUGCAAGGUUGUCUUGAAGGUCUUGGUCAUCAAGCUGGUGAUGCUGAACAUCUUCGCCGUUCGGAUCAAUGGGGACAAGCUGGGCGAGCAUCACGAGCAUGCGGCUCAUGAGGACGAGCACCCGACACAGUACUACCAGCGACAGAAAGCGCGGCAAAUGUGCUCUCAAGUCAAAACUUUCCUGGCCGCCGAGCUGGAGCGACUCCUCCAAGGCUUCACGGACUGCACCUCGCAUCUUGCUGCAAGAUCGGCCGCACUUUUUGGUUUGAUGUUGAUCAUGGGCCCGGCGCCUUUGCCUGCUGUGGAUUUCUUUGCGUACACACCGUUUCGAAAAGGUUUCGCCGUGUUUUGGUUUGACGUCGUCGGUGUCGUGUCCUACGCCGUCGUGGUGCCACUGCUGAACGAGAUCUGGCAGGACAAAACUCGCUGCAUGGAAUGUUUGGAUCUGUUCUUCUUGCCCUCCCUGGCCCUCGGUGCCGCAGCUGCGAUGUUUGCGAUGUUGGAGUUGACGUCGACCCUUCACGUGACGCUCAUCACGGGCUUGGCCACUGCUAGCUGCAGUGCGGUCCUGGGAGCGCUGCUCUCCGCAGAUAUGUCAGAAAAGGCUCCCCAUUUGGCAGAUGUUGGUAUGCGCCUGGCCUGGGGCCUUCUUUGCGGAGGCGCUGCCCAGUUCCUGGGAUCUCAACUCGGACAGAUACUGUUCCUCUACUACUCCUGGCUCGGCGUCAGCCUUUGCUCCUUCGCAGCCCUUCUGACUGCUCGACACUACACCCGGAAGACUUGUCCGAAGACACUGGCAGCAUCAGCACCCUGGAGAGUUGCCGCUAUGCAGCAGCCCGAACCGCUGAUCCUGAAAGUCAUGCGGCUUCGCCAGCCGGGGACAGCUCCCCCGCUGCCGCUUCAAGGUCUCGACGUGCCCAAAGCACUGGUUCCGAUGGCUCUCCAGCAAUCGCUUGUGGGUGAGCCAUUCACAGGCUAUUUGCAUGUCCUGAACGUCAGCCAUCAAACAGUGGAGAAUGUGGCCAUGCGAGUGGAGAUCGACAUAGGUGCGUCGAAAUUCACUUUGCUGAACACUGGCGCAUCUCCGACAAAGACACUGCCACCAGGUGAGUUUGUGGAUGCCAUCGUGCACCACGAGCUGCGUGACGCUGGGACAUACGCUUUGGCAUGCCUCGUCACAUAUACGUGCGGGGGCGAGCAGGGACAUUUCAGACGAGCUUAUCGCUUCCCAGCGCUGCAGCCAUUUGCGGUUUCGCAUCGCGUCAUUCAGAUUGAUCGGCAACUUCUCGUGGAGUGCUCCAUCGAGAAUGCGACACAAGGAAGCAUCUACCUGACAUCCUGGCAGUUGGACUGCGCACCUGGCUUCGAGAGUCGGCUCGUCACAGAGCUGGAAAAGGAUCCCAUCACAGGGAGCGCGCUGCCGCUGCUCCUGAAGCCGCGCGGUUGCUUUGUCCUCGUUUUCAGCGCAUGGCCAGAAGAGGAUGCUCCCGACUCGGCGGCCGUCAGAGAACAGGAGCUUCUCGGCUCGCUUGCGAUGUCCUGGCGUGUACCGGACGGGCCCGCAGGGCGCCUGGAGGGCCACCAGAUUCGCAUGAAGGCCGUUCAGGUGCCCAGCCUUGACCUGCAGGUCGUCGAGUGCCCCAGCCAAGUCAAGGUCGAGGUCCCUUUCACUAUAGAGCUGGAGGUUACGAAUCGAACAGCUGAGAAGUUGGAGCCAAAGAUGCACUUCGACCUCCGGCUGAUGGGUGCGGCGAAGCUGCUCAGCGUGGAGCGCCACCUGCCAAAGCUGGACCCUGGAGCGCGGCAUCGCUUUCCGAUGCAGCUCCUGGUGACGGUUCCCGGCCUUCACGGUCUCAACGGCGUCUUCGUUAUGGACGACCGGGCCCGCCUUAACUAA